AUGUCUACCUGUGUCAUCUGCGACAAGCCCCUGGAGGUAGAAGUCGAGCGCGACGAGGACGAAGAGUACGAGGGCGGCGCAUCGUCAUCCGGCAAAGGACCCGCGGCCGCACCAGAAACAUAUCCCGAUGACGUCCAGCUAACCUGCGGAUGCCACUUCCACUGGGACUGUCUCCUCUCCGCCUACGAAAUAACCUCGUGUCCCCACUGCGGCAAAGAAAUCUCCAGCACAGGCGACGGCCAACAAAAGGUCCUCUGCAGACUCAACAACGAAGGCGGAAUUCAAGAGAACCUCGACAUCCUACCGCUUCUCACCGAAGAAUCAUACCUGAAAGCGUACCCGGAAGACAGGAAAGCGCGCGCCUUCCUCGAGUUCUGUCGCGAAGGCGAUUACAAAGCUGUAGUCGAGCUACUGCUGAACGAGGACGACGACAGCGAGGACGACGAGGGCGAUGUCGAAAUGAGCACUACGGAUCAUCCUGAGAAGGAGGUGGGCAUUGAUAGGAUGUUGAGAUACCAGGAUCCGAUUGGGGAUAUGCAGUCGGGGCUACACGCGGCAGUGUAUGCGCAGAGCAGAGAGGUCGCGUGGUUGUUACUGCUGCUGGCGAGUAACUACCCGCUGCUGGACUUCCCAACGCAGGUCUUCCAGGAGGCUGAGGCUAUGGGUAUCAUGAGGGGGCUCACAGAAGACAAGAUUGAUAUCAGGAGUCUGAGGGAUGCGAAUGGGAGGACGGCGGAGGACAUUGCGAGAGAGAUUGGUGGCGUAUGGGUGGGAUGGACGGACAACAACAGGUUGGCGAUAUGA